AUGCCAUCAUCGGCGGGAGCCAAAAAGUCACGAAAAGCCGCCUCAAAGGUCUCUAAAAAGGCGCGGUCAAAAGCUACAUCGGAAGAUGUGGAUCCUUCUGCUCUUGAUGUGGGUGCAUCUGAGGGGCGAACCACUUUUGAGGAAGGUGAGAUGCUUGGCGACGAGGAAGGUGCAACGGAAUAUCAAAUGGCAAUGGAGGGUAAUGAGAUUCAGAGACAAUCGGAGACCAUAGAGCGUGGAAACACCGAGACCGAGGGAGUUGAAGAAGAAGUGGAUGAAGAAUUUCACCGAAGCAGUCUUGACGGUCCAGCACCAACGCCUUUAUUGGAGGAUGGUUUCGAUGGUGUCCCUCAACCAAACGACCUCGAAGUAGCACUCAAGAUGGCCCUGGAACGCCUCGAAAAUAUGCCGAUGGUGGAUUUCUUGCAAAAUAUCUCCAAACAAGCCGAUGUUCACGCUCAGGCGGUGUCAUCAGCAAAGGAAAUUGCCAAUGAUUUUGUUGCAAAUGCUGCUGACCUUGCCGAGGCUAUGCAAAUGAUCCUUCAGUACGAUCAACUCAUGCUAAAGAAACUGAACCUCACAAGUCCCUACGAUUUCGGAGUUAAGCCCAAGACGGUUGAAGAAACUCGGGCAGUAAUGAUUGACCGAGCCCAGAAGAUGCUAGACCUGGGUCAAAUGCAAUACGACAUGAGUCACCAGAUCAGUGAAACUGCAAGACCACUAGUAGACUACAGAUUUGAGGCUUGUGAUAACUUUAAUGCUGUACAUGAAAAGAUAUCAUCUAUGAAGGCAACUGAAGAAUCACGCAAAUUAGCCCGAUUGGCCAAAGCAGCCAGAGCGGAGGUGGAAGAAAGAGCAGCUGCUAAUGCAGCAAGAAAUGACGGUGCCGAAGGUGUUGAAGCCAACGCAGAAGCCACGAAUCCCACGGAAGAAGGUCAACCACCAAAAGAUAAUCCCAAUAACGACGCUAAUCCCACCUCUGGCAACUGA